AUGGGUUCUUCAAAGAAACACAAGGAAAAGAGCCGCGAUAAGGAGGCAGAGGACCGCCGUCGCGAGCACAAGAAACAUCGCCACAAGGACCGAGAAGGUUCAGAACGAGAUGGAACAAGGGAUAAAGACAAACGAAAACGCUCCAGAUCUAGGGAGAAAAGCAGACGAGACAGUCGCAGCAAAGGUGAAAGAGGCAGCGGGGAGCCACGUGUAAAGAAGGAGAAAGUUGAUCAUGGAUAUGAGGACAGUGCUGAGAUUCAGCCUCAGAGUGCAAGCGGAGAUGCAUCUCUCAGCAUUGAGGAAACAAACAAACUCAGAGCAAAGCUCGGUCUCAAGCCCCUGGAAUUAAAUGAGAACAAGAAGGAGCUUGGAACCAAAGAGGAGCCACUAGUGGCGGAGACAAUCAAUCCUGUUCUGAUCAAGCAACAGAAAGAAAUCAAAGAAAAGCUUGCAGCCAUGAAAGAAAAACGGCUUCUCAACCAGAAACUGGGAAAGGUCAAAUCUCUGGCGGAUGAUGACUGGCUGGAUGACACAGCUGCCUGGGUUGAGAAAAACAGAAAGCUGACCAAAGAAAAAGAAUUGGCAGAGAAAAGAGCCAAGCUUCUGGAAGAGAUGGAUCAAGAAUUUGGUGUAAGCAGUCUUGUGGAGGAGGAGUUUGCUCAAAGUAAGCAGGGUGCUUACACCUCCCGUGAUCUCAAAGGGCUCAAGGUACAGCACAAGGUGGAGUCUUUUGGUGAGGGCCAGACUGUUAUCCUUACCCUACAAGACAAAGGUGUUCUUGAAGAAGAGGAGGAUGUGCUUGUUAACGUGGGAAUAGUGGACAAAGAAAAGGCAGAAAAGAAUGUGGAGUUGAAGAAGAAAAAGCCUGACUACAAGCCAUAUGAAGAAGAGGAGAGUGUGGAUGACAUGGUCACAUUUAAGACUCGCUCUGUACUGUCAAAAUAUGACGAGGAAAUUGAAGGCGAGAAGAAAAAGAGCUUCCGUUUAAGCACAGGGGGAUUUGCUGAUGGAGAGCGAGAAAGGGAGCUCCAGGCUAUGAAAGAAUCGUUGCGCAACCAGGCAGUGUCUUUGGAAAUGCCUGCUCUCAAAAUUGCCUCAGAAUACUACACACCUCAAGAAGUGGUGGGCUUUAAAAAGACCAAACGCCGUGUCAGAAAAAUCAGGAAGAAGGAGAAGCAGACUAUUGCAGAUGAUCUAUCUCUGAAUGACACACGCAGCACUGAUUUUGGCUCCAGGACACGCGGUCGAGGCCGCAAGCAACUGGAUGAACAGCAACCGGAAGUAAAGGAGGAGGAAAACAAACCGUCACUUGAAAUCCCCCUUCUGUCUGAUGAUAUUCGGAUGGCUGAAAUGGAAAUAAGUGAUGAAGAGGACUUUACACCCCCUGAGCCAGCUGUACUUGAAGAGGAUGAGGCAGAGCAGGAACUCCAGAAACAGCUGGAGAAACAGAGAAAGCUGAAACAAAAGCAGCUUCUCAAAGACUCAGGAGAGAAAGUGGCAGAACAGAUGAAAAAUGUUGUGAAGGGAGAUGAUGAAAAUGAUCCUGACAAGAAGAACAACAUUGUCUUCAAUGCAACCUCAGAGUUUUGCAGAACUCUGGGUGAUAUUCCAACUUAUGGACUGUCAGGCAACAGAGAGGACCAAGAAGAUAUUAUGGACUUUGAACAGGAGGAAGAAAAAGAUGAUGCAGGAGACGAGGACUCUGAAACUGAUGAAAAUGUUGGAUGGAGCACAGUUAACCUGGACGAGGAGCAAAAACAGUCCGACUUUGCCACAGCUUCUGCAACCAUUUUGGAUGAAGAGCCCAUUGUCAACUCUGGUCUUGCAGCAGCAUUACUGCUGUGCAAAAAUAAAGGUCUGUUGGACACUCAGAUGCAAAAGGUAGCUCGUGUCAAAGCCCCUAAGGGCACGCUGCCAAAUGACAACUACUGCAUUGAGGACAAGAUGGGCUUUGAUGACAAGUACAGUAGGCGAGAAGAAUACAGAGGCUUCACACAGGAAUUCAAGGAGAAGGAUAGCUACAAGCCUGAUGUCAAGAUUGAGUAUGUUGAUGAGUCUGGACGCAGACUUACUCCAAAAGAAGCUUUUAGGCAGCUUUCUCAUCGAUUCCAUGGGAAAGGAUCUGGAAAGAUGAAGACUGAAAGGAGGAUGAAAAAGCUGGAGGAAGAGGCACUGCUGAAGAAGAUGAGCAGCAGUGAUACUCCUCUUGGAACGGUGGCUUUGCUUCAGGAGAAACAGAAAUCUCAGAAAACGCCAUACAUUGUGCUUAGUGGGAGUGGGAAAAGUAUGAAUGCAAACAACAUAACAAAAUAA